GUGGACACAGGAGUUCAUGAGCACAGUGCACUGAGGAGACACACACACACACACACACUCCUGUGCCUUUGUUGUUGUGUGUUUUAAGCUGUGUGUAGUGGUGUUGCCUCCCCAGAGUACUGAACUACACUGAGUGUAGAAGAGAUGUUCUUGUCCGUGUGUGUGUUGUGCCUGCUGGCGCUGUCCCCAGCUCUAGGGGCCCCUGCUAAGGGCCCGUGCGCAAGGCCCCGAAACAAACUCCUGUUCAUCUCAUUUGACGGGUUUCGCUGGGAUUACGACCGAGACGUGGACACCCCAAAUCUGGACCGCAUGGCGGAGGACGGCGUGAAGGCAGCCUAUGUGACGCCCCCGUACCUCACCGUCACCAGCCCCACACACUUCACUCUGCUCACAGGGCGUUAUAUUGAGAACCACGGUGUGAUCCAUAACAUGUGGUUUAACGUCAGCACCCAGGAGAAGAAGCAGUACUACCAGACUCAGUUUGUGGACGAUUACUGGGACAACGGCAGCCUGCCCAUCUGGAUCACAGCACAGAGACAGGGCCUGAAGGCGGGGUCUCUGCACUUCCCGGGGACGGCGGCCACAUACCAGGAGGAGGUGGUGCAGGUGAGACAGGUGGAGCCGUUCCUCUACGACCACAACAACGAGACGGACUGGCGCCUCAACGUGGACCGGGUGAUGGGCGACUGGUUCGGGCGCCAAGACCUGGACCUGGUGACGCUGUACUUCGGCGAGCCCGACGGGACGGGCCACAAGUACGGGCCGGAGACGCCCGAGCGCCGCGCCGCCGUCAGGCAGGUGGACCGCACCGUGGGCUACAUCCGGCACGCGGCCCGGUCGCACGGGCUCGCCGACCGCCUCAACGUCAUCAUCACGGCCGACCACGGCAUGACCACGGUCCGGCGCGGCGCCGGCGUCAACGAGAUAGUCCUGGCCGACAUCCCCGGGUUCUCCUUCCGCGACGUCAAGUUCCACCUGGUGGACUACGGGCCCUCGGGGAUGCUGCUGCCCAGAGACGGCCUCCUGGAGAAGGUGUACCGCGCGCUGAAGGGGGGCCACCCCAACCUCCACGUCUACAAGAAGGAGGACAUGCCGGCGCGCCUGCACUUCUCCAAACACCCGCGCAUCCUCCCCAUCAUCCUCUGGGCUGACCCGGGAUACGUCAUUAAUGGGUUCCUCCCUCUGCAGUUCAACAAGGGGGAGCACGGCUUUGACAACGAGCUGAUGGAGAUGAAGCCUUUCUUCCGAGCGGCGGGGCCUGACUUCCUGCGGGGGCUGCUGGUGGGGGGGUUCGAGACGGUCAACAUCUACCCCCUCAUGUGUCACUUGCUGGGCAUCACUCCGGAGAUCAACGACGGCUCGCUGGACGUCACGCGCCACAUGCUAGUACACAGCGAUAGCGUGUGUGAGACUACAGCAGGAGAGUCACUCGGGUGGAGGGUCAUGGUUGGCCUCUCUGCUGUUGCUGGGUUCCUGGUCUUGACCUUUGUCGUCAUGACAACUUGGAGCAAGUGCAGGAGGGACAGAGAGAGUUCCAGUUUGGAUCAACCCACAGAGGACCAGGAGAAGCAGACCUCCCUCUGAGGUGCUGGUCCUGAGCCUGCAGACGCCCCACCCGGUCUAGAGGCCCAGGUCCUGAGCCUGCAGUCCAGGACUGAUCCAAUGGAGAUCCCCCGCUAUGCUGUAUAUAUAUAUUUGUAGAAUAGCUCCUGCACGUUGAGCUUCUGUCAUAAGAAGGACAGAAACUGAAAGAGGUUUUGAAUGUCUUACUAUUUGAUUGUGUUUACAUGAUACAGUAAUUAUCAACAGUAAUGAUUGCACUGUUAUACUCUUCUGUUGGAUGUCAGUGUAGUGAAACGGGUGAAUCUUAAGCUUGACUCCUGAUCAUCAGUGUACUCUUUCAAGUAGUGAAACGGGUGAAUCUUCAACUUGACUCCUGAUCAGCCCCUGAUAUCUAAGCUGUAGAAUUCAGCCAACAGAUCAAUAAACUGUGCAUUUUUAGAAAUUAUUAUAAAAAAUCAAAACAGGAACUCUUUAAUAAUGAAUUUAUAGAGUUGUAAAUAUCUGAGCCAAAGUUAAAAUCCUGACAUAUACCGUUAUAUUUGAAGCCUUUUGUAUCAUAUUUGCUCUGUGUGUGUUUCCCAUGCAUACCGUCUAUUUGUGUUUUAUCAUUAAACUGAACAUGUCUGAUUUUAA